AUGUCUGCAGCGUUGAGGGCCAUCUUGCCUCAGCGCAAGUCGGAGACACCUUCCACUGCGUCGACUGUGGCAUCGUCAUCGUCACCCGAUGUGGGUGGAGCCACCGAGACACUGCAAGUGCCUUGCGACCUCUACGGCCUUUUUGUCGCCGAGCCUUUGCAGCUCAACGUCCGGAUUGAUGGUUACGUGAUCUUCUUCCUGGAGAUGAUUCGGACGGUGUUUUUUCUGGCGGUGAAUUUCGGAAUCCAGCUGAUGUACGUGACACGGAUUCACAAAAUCAACAGGCAGAACGAGGGUGCACAGUGUGAGCCACGCAAGGCGUAUUUACAGCUGGUUUGCAUCUUCGUUUUUGCCACGAGCAUUUUCAAGGAGCUGCGGAACUGCACGGACUUCCUUGACCUCCUUAUCAGGUGCCCUGUGAGAGAGUCCGAUGGAUACGUCCGUGUGGGUGUUGGUGGCGGUUGUGAUGGUAAACAUGGCGCAGUGCUUCACAGCGAAUGUGAGCCACCUUCGAGUAGUUUUAGGGAUCGGCUCUUUAAGCUUGCGCGGUUGUACCGCUGCGAGCAGAAGGAUCACUUGUGGUCAUUGGGGUCCAUGACAGGUUUGUGGAAGUUGGUCUGCGUCAUCUUUGUUGCUCUUCCUCGCAUCGUCCUCUGCUUGCUGCUGCUGAAGGUUGCCUCGGGCUUCAUCGCACGUUCUACCGAGGAAUCCAUGGUCAUCGACACGGUUGCAGCUUUGUUCAUCAGUGAUAUUGGAACCUUCAUGUUCCAUGCCUUCACCACGAACAGCGUCAAGAACAAUCUACGAAGGAUGCCCCCGGUGGAGUUUACAUCGAACAACUGCGCUAGACUCCUUUCGUUCUUUUUGGUGAACUUUGUCUUGCCGAUCAUCACGGUCGGGCUUUCCGUCGCGAUGGUUUGGUACCUCAGGUCGCACUGUGGACCAGACCAAGACUUCACUUCUGCCUUGCGAAGCAGCUGGGACUCAAGCGACAUCUUGGCCGUCGCAGUAUUCACUUCCUAA